UUGGAUUUAGGGUUUGAUUUCUUUGGCAGUUUUUCCUCUCCAUUCGUCAAACGCAGAUGGAGAGGAAUGUAAGAAGGAGAGGUUCUAGUGAUACUGGGGCUAUGGAGCAGCUUCCUUUGGAGGUCAUUGGUGAGAUAUUGUCUCGCGUUGAAGUUGCACGGCAUGUGGUCAGAGCUUCUCUAACUUGUCACAAGUGGCGAGAAGCUUAUUGCAAGCACCUUCAUACACUUUCCUUUGAUGUUGCUGAUGAUGAGCGUGUCUAUUGCCGUCUUCCUACUAGCAGCUUGGAAAUAUUGAUCACAAAGACCAUAUUUCAAACAUCUGGUUUACGAAAACUCUCUAUUCGGAUGCACGACAAUCACAAGUUUUCGGCUGGUGCAGCUUUUGGCUGGUUAAUGUUCACUAGAGAAACUUUGUUGGGGUUGUUUUUUAUGGUUUGCACCUCUCCUGGCAUUGAUGUUCUCGAUGUAUGCGGAAGGAAGAAACUCAAAACCUUGUGUUUAGGUAAAUGCACAAUUAGGAACGUUGAACCGGUUUUGCAAAGAUUCCCCUGUUUGACAUCACUAUCUCUAAAUCGUGUCACUAUUUCAGUAGAGGAUCUGAAUCGACUUCUUUUGGCACUUCCAAAACUUGAGUGUUUGGAACUAAGAAAACCUGAGCUACACGCUGAAGAUGAGGUUCAUAUUGAAAGAUUUCUCAAAUUGCAUUUUCCUACACUGAAGACUCUUCUUAUUAUUGAUCUCAGUGAACUUGGACUUAUUUUGGAAAAGUGUGAUAUUGGGUAUUUGCUUGUGAAGAAUUGUACUUUUGGAUUGUUUAAGGUCACAGGCAGUAAAAAUUUGACGCACUUCGAAAUUUACGGGUCAGAGUUUCGACUUCUUGAAAUUGAAGAGGCAGAUGAUCUAGAGAGUCUUGAAAUCAUCCAUUGUCGUGUUUCUCAGUCAAAUUUGUUCCCAAUGAAUGUUCAAGCACCAAAGCUGAAAAGGUUUCAAAUUUGGGGAUUUAUGGAGCAAAUGGAGUGUUUUAAAAGAGAGAAUGAAAUAAUCCUCCAUGAGUCCGGUUUAGUUGUGGAUUUAGAACGAAUAGCUGUCUGUUCUCCACAAUUGAGCCAUCUUUCAUUGUUCUUUGAAAAAGGAGUUGUCGAUGUCGAAUAUAAAUUUAGUGGAUUGUCUUCCUUGGAGAAUGUGGUCAUCUUGCAUAUUGGAUGUGAUUAUUAUACACGGGAUUAUUUUCAUGGCUUCACAGAAUGGGCAGAGAAUUUGCUGAAGUGUUGUCCAAAUGUUAGGAAGUUGAUUGUCCACGGAAUGGUUCCAGAAGAGAAAGAUCACGGGUUUUUGGAGGACCUCUCAGAACAAACCUCGAUGAUGUUUGAAAUGAUGAGAAAGUACCCACAUAUAGAGGUGAAGUUUACGUACAUGUAUCGAACUUUGUUCCGAAUCUAUUGAUGAUUGGUCAAGAAGAGAAGGUGCUGCAUUGGUGUUUCUACAUUUUCAACCCCAUCCCCAUAUCAGUGGAGAUUUCUGCUACCUAACCAAACCAACAGUCCCGAUUUGCAUCGUAUGCAGGUUCUGGCGCCUGGGAGAGCAAACGGAAACAUUCCCGGGAGGAAGGGCAUCCCUCUGUUUUGUUGACACAUGGCCAUGACCUGGCCAAAACCUUGGAUAGCUUGCUAGUUGGCCAAGUCAUUCAUGAAUUGGGUCAUGCUUGAGAAACAUGACCCUCUUGGCUUGGCAGACGGAAUGUGGAUUGUGAACGGAGUGGAGAUAGUUGGUGCCGAGAUGGGGCUUAAACACAUCGGCACCACGGCGACAGAGUGAGCUGGUUGGGAAGUAACCAUCGGUAUGGUCACUCUUUCAGCGGUGGCUUACACCAGGGCAGAAGGUUGUUCAAGAGAGUGGUGUUUUCAUGAGUUGGUUUUUUGGAUGAAGAAAGAAACCUUAUCGGUCCCAAGGGUGGCACCAAAAAUGAUGGUGUAAAUUACCAACCACGUUCCUAGGUGGCGCGAAUGAUUGCCUCUGUGUUUUAGUGGCUUGUUUCAUCCCUUUAUUCCCUUGUUAUCUUGCUAGGAAGGUGACUCCCUUGUCGCGUAGCAUGUUGGACUGAUUGCGUGAAUGAAUUCGGCCGCUACAGUCCAACCUCCCUUGGAUUCUUUCAUGCCGACACUUCCCAGCACUAGAAACCAUACCGAUUACGUCGUUUGAUCGGUAAAGUAAUCGAAGUGUACCGGUCAAAUUUUUGUCACCGACCAAUAUAAACUUUUCUCGUUUAAGCUUCCUAUUCCAAAAAAUCAUUGUUUGACUGGUCAAACGUUUGUGGACUUUCCUUGGACCGGUACUUGGUGGAAUACGCCCAUCAAACAACAUAUUAUUCACAAGUAUGGAGUAAGAAAAUGUUUAGGAAGAA